UCGAGAGAUUAGAAGAUUAGUUUCAGAGAAAAAAAACUAUUUUUGAUGAAAAACUUUGACUGGUCUUGACUGGUAUAAUCCUCGAGUUCGAAUUGCAUUGUUUUGGUUUAGAAGGUUAGGCCGGAAUCAACUUAUAAUGAAGAAAUAUGCAGUAUGCUCUCGGUAUAGUUUAUGGCCUAUAAAAUUAGUAAAGGAUUAGCGUACAUCAUCACUCUAUACACUGUAACCUUGUUGAGUGAAACCCACCUUUACAGCAAAAAAAUAUUUUAAAAAUAAAAUGGGAGACGAUGCAGGGAAAAAGGAGGAAGAUGCAGGUCGAAAAAUUGUUUUCUCCUACGGGUUUGUGAGCAAAUCAGAUAUGCCAACUGAGAUGAAAAAGGAUGUUGUUGAUAUUUGUAUUUCAAGUUUGGAGAAGCAUUCUAUCAACUCAGAGUGUGCUGAAAUUAUAAAAGUAACAAUGGAUGAGAAGUUUGGCGGACAUUGGAACGUUAUUGUUGGAGAUGGAUUUCAGGUUGAUUGUACCUACGAUUUAGAGUCGCAGAUGACACUUUUGUUUGCUGGGACUACAGCAGUUUUUAUCUGGAAGUGUUCAGAUUGAAUUAUAAUAUGUCUUCUUACCAUUGAAAAUAAAUAUUUAACUUUUA